GCGGAGCGGCGCGGACGGGCUUCGGGACAGCGCCGGGCCGGGCCGGGGCCAGGGCCAGGGCCAGGGGCCGGGGCCGAGGAGGUGGGCAGCCGGCGGGUCGGAGCCCCUGCCCCGAACGCUCCUGUCAGGCGAGAACGCGCUCAGGAGCCGGCGGGAGCGCGCGCAGUUUGAAAUCUUCGAGAUUCACCGAACAACAGGACCCCUUUUCACCUAGGAAUUACUCGAUGCUGAAACCUUUCCGAGGGAUCUUAAAGACAUUCGAAGCACAAUGGAUGGUUUUUAUGAUCAGCAAGUCCCUUUUAUGGUCCCAGGGAAAUCUCACCCUGAGGACUUUCGAGCAAGGCCUGUGAUUGACAGAAAGAGAAAGUUCUUGGACACGGAUCUGGCUCACGACUCCGAAGAGUUGUUUCAGGAUCUCAGCCAACUCCAGGAGGCCUGGUUAGCUGAAGCACAAGUUCCGGACGAUGAACAGUUUGUCCCAGAUUUUCAGUCCGAUAACCUGGUGUUUCACGCCCCGCCUCCCGCCAAGAUCAAGCGCGAGCUCCACAGCCCUUCGGCCGAGCUGUCCUCCUGUAGCCGUGAGCAAGGCCUCGGUGCUAACUAUGGAGAGAAGUGCCUCUACAACUAUUGUGCCUACGAUAGGAAGCCCCCCUCUGGGUUCAAGCCAUUAACCCCUCCCACCACCCCCUUGUCCCCAACCCACCAGAACUCCUUGCUGCCCCCUCCCGCUUCAGUGCAGGCUGCGGCCCAUGCUCCCGCCGCAGGCCCCGUGCAAGGCGUAGGUCCGGCCCCGGCCCCCGCCCCCGCUGCUGUCCCCGCCCCCGUCGCUGUCCCCACCCCCACUCCCGUCCCCGCUCCCCAUUCUCUCCAUGAACCCAGACAGCAGCAGCAAACCUUCGCCAUCCCUCGGCCACCACACCCACCCAUGCCGAUGCCAAAGAUGAUGCCUGAAAACCAGUAUCCGUCGGAAGCCAGGUUUCAGAGACAGAUGUCUGAACCCUGCCACCCCUUUCCUCCUGGUGACAAUCGUCCAGGCUACCACCGACAGAUGUCAGAGCCUAUUGUCCCUGCAGCUCCCCCACCACCUCAGGGAUUCAAACAAGAGUAUCCUGACCCUCUCUACGAGCACGGCGUUCCGGGCAUCCCUGGAGUGCCAACGCAUGGCUACCAGUCGCCAAUGGGCAUCAAGCAGGAGCCCAGGGAUUACUGCAUCGAUUCAGAAGUGCCUAACUGCCAGUCAUCCUACAUGAGAGGAGGCUAUUUCUCCAGCAGCCACGAUGGUUUUUCAUGUGACAAAGAUCCUCGAUUGUACUUUGAUGACACAUGUGUUGUACCAGAAAGACUGGAGGCAGGCAAAGUCAAACAGGAGCCCACCAUGUACCGGGAAGGGCCCCCUUACCAGAGACGAGGUUCCCUCCAGCUGUGGCAGUUCCUGGUCACUCUCCUCGAUGACCCAGCCAACGCCCACUUCAUUGCCUGGACAGGCAGAGGCAUGGAGUUCAAGCUGAUAGAACCAGAAGAGGUUGCUCGGCGAUGGGGCAUCCAGAAGAACCGACCAGCGAUGAACUAUGACAAGCUUAGCCGCUCCCUGCGCUACUAUUAUGAGAAGGGCAUCAUGCAGAAGGUGGCUGGCGAGCGGUACGUCUACAAAUUUGUCUGCGAUCCAGAUGCUCUCUUUUCCAUGGCCUUUCCAGACAAUCAGCGUCCCUUCCUGAAGGCCGAGUCCGAGUGCCCCCUGAACGAGGAGGAGACCUUACCCCUGACCCACUUUGAGGACAACCCCGCUUACCUCCUCGACAUGGAUCGCUGUCCCAGCCUCCCCUACGCAGAGGGCUUUGCUUACUGAGGGGCUGAGUUGACAGCUCCAGUGCCAGAUUUAGCAGUUCCCAUUCAGGCAAAUGAAGGCAGUGAUUUUCUUUGAUUAUUAUUAUUGUUAUUGUUAUUGUUAUUAUUAUUAUUAUUGGUUGUUUUGGGGUUUUUUUCCCGCCAUUCUCAAAGCUUGCCCCUGAUUAUUCUGGUGGGCCUCGGCCUGCAUUGGCGCCCCAGCCAGGGCAGUAGGAGCAGGAAGGGGGCUCCCAAGUGUGGCAGGAACCCCAGCUGUCGUCCUGAAGAAGCCGGGGGAAGAGGAGGUCAGCGGAGCUGGCAUUCAUGCCCGCCACCUCCCGCCGGACAGUGUGUGCAGAGCAACACUUGGGAACACGUGCCCUCGGGGACCCGGGACUGUGUCGUGACAAUCGCUCGCUUUGGUCGAGGCUCCGAGGUACCUCCGUGUUCCGUUUGAGUGGCUCUAAUUUGCACAAACAGUGAAUUGAAAAAGAAAUUCUACACUGACCGAAAACUAGCCGGCCCAGUUGGGGAGGGAGGCCCGAGUCCCCCAGAACUGCGGUCUCGGAUUUCCCUCUGAAAAGAAGACUCGGCCCCUUUUCCCUUGGCUGAGGGCGGCCUCAGGACGGUGGGAGCCCGCUCUGGCUGGAGCCUCGCCUCUCCUGGCACCACCGGGACAAGCUGCCCUCUUCCCCCGCCGGGCUCUGCAGGGAUGGCUUUGCUUUUAGGAGAAGGGUGAUUAACACUCGACAGUAUUUGGUUUUGCUUUCGAUUUGGAAUUUGGGAACGGGGUGGGGGGACGGUGGUUUUGGCGAAGCCGUUUCUAAAAACUGGUUUUUGUAGUUUUGGUAUCUAAAGCAAAAAUCCCGUGGGAAGCUCGGCGCCGCUCUCCCCACGGGGCCGUGCCGACCUUCCCGAGAUGCUGCAGCUUGAAAAAGGGCUUUGCUCCGGACGCCCCCCGAGCCAGGCCUGAAGCCCGUCUGCUUUCUGCUUUCUGCACCCGAUGGAACCUUCGCACCCGUGUUGUACAUUUUGGAAGCUUAUGGGACAGCAUGGAUACUCUUCCUAGCUCUUCUGUGUAUAGUUCCCCAUACUCACUGACAUACUCUUUCUGCAAAGUCUCUGUACAUAACGCAUUUCAUGUUCAUUUGGAACCUGGUCACGGGGUGGGAGCCUUUGAGGUUAUUUCUGUGGAGAUAGCUGACGACUUCCAUUUCAUCCUUUUUCCUUACCUCGGUCUAGCAACCCUGCAUAUAGAAUUCAUGGGGUUUGAGACGCGCGUGUGAUGCCUACGGGUAAAAAAAUACCAUCCCCUGCCAUCUUUCCCUCUUCUAUUGUUCCGGUCCAUUCAUGGGUUUUUCUUUUUUUCUCGGUCAGUGUGUCAACAACUGAUCAAGGCUCAGAAGACGUUGGCGUCUGCCGAGGAGAGACUCGGUUUUUAGACGGGCUCCCCUGCCGUAACCUGAAGGCUGAGGCUCGGCUCCCUUGGCCACCUAAGAGAGUAAAAGGGAACAGACUGGUCUCUGUCUGGGAAGGUGAUGCUUUUGAGCCCUUAUCGAUAAAAUGUGCUCUGAGUUAUUUUUCUAUUGACGGGCGAUGGGCCACGGCUGCCCAGUCACCCUGUUUCAGCGUCUCCCUUAUGCCCGAGAGCACAUUGGGAGCUGGCUCGGCAAUUGGGGUGAGGGCUGCAGACUGGCUAUGGAAUAGAGCGUUUCUCUGUGUAAAGCUAAUUAGCCUAUAUAAACGCAACCUGUGACCUUGGCCUAAUUAGCGCCAUACUGUAAUCAAGAUAACUGUUCCAGACGAUGUAAUUAUAGCUCUCUAACCUACACAUAUUCUAUACAUAUAUGCAUAUUUUAUUCUUCCCUUCUCCCCGCCCCCCAAAAAAAUGGCUAAAAAUUUAUUUGUUGUAAAUGCUGUAUAGGAUUUUCUUCCUUUCUUUUUCCUUUCACUGGUUUGGGAUUUAUUUGGAUGGGUUUAUUCUGUUUUAGUCAGGGUGACGCUAAUUCUUUGUAGCCUGAGCUCUCCUCCCCGGUCCUGUCUGUCACAAGGCAUAGAAUGGUGGCCAAGGUGUGGCCUUCCUGGGAACCAGACUCGCUAACCUCCUGGAUGGCUUUCGGUUCUUUUCGAGGUGGAGAAAGUCUCCAGGGCAGAAAGGGUUUAAUUUGGGAGUCGGUUUGGAAGCCUUUCCCCUGAGCAGGGCCAUUUGCAUCCUGCCAAGCUGCAUUACAUUCUGUACUGUGUACAAUAAAGACGUUUGCUUUCAGUUCUC